AUGUGCAGCAUAAAAUUUUAUCUAAUAAUAUUAGUAACGAUUGAAUUUGUGAGAUGUGCCGAUAAACCUGGAAAUAACGACCAGAGCCUGGUAUCAUACAGUGAUAGUGAAGAAGAAGAUAAUUUUGAUGUUACAGAAUCUACUGAACAACCUGAGACUUCUGAACCAAAGGGUUCUCCACCCAAAAGUCCACCCGAGACUUCAGCAAAGGGUUCUCCGCCAAAAAGUCCAUCCGGGAGUCCUGAGCAUGUGGAAGUGAUUAAAAAAUCUAUCCAAAUAAUUUUUAUGAAAAAAGAUGAAAAUGGAAUAGUGGUACCAAUGGAAGAGGGAGACUAUAAAGUUACGUCUGAAGAUUCGUAUAGAAUAGUUUAUAUGUUUCAGGCAAGUUUGGAGAUGAUACUUUAUAAUUAUGAAGUUAUUUUUGAGCAUGUACCUGGAAAGCAUUAUACCUUAACAUUAACUUAUUAUAAACCUCAUAACGUGUUUACAAUGCAAGAUGUCGGUGGAUUUAUCUUUAUUUGCUGCGAAGAGGGGAAGUGGAGAGUAUACCUACGGAAUCGCUCGGGUUAUCUUAAAUUUUACACAAAACAUAAAGGUAAAGAUUUUGAACUAAACGAAGGUGAUUAUUAUAUAACUUUUGGUCCGAAAGGGUUCUUGAAAUAUGAAUUUAAGAAGAAUGUAAAGUGUCAUAGAGUUAUGCAUAGGGGUAAAUUACUUUGGAAAAAGGAGAUUAACAAACCUUGCCCAUCUGAAGUUAGUAUUAAUUUGUCAAAAGAUAUUGUGCUUUAUUUUGAUAAUCAUUAUCUCAUAUUUUUUAAAAGCCACCGGUACAAAUUAUCAGUCAGAAAACCAAGAAAAAAAAGAUAA